CCGGAGCAGAGACCGAUUGACAGAGACCUGGGGCAUCUACCCUAGCGGAUCCACUGGUCAAAAUAAAGCUAGGGGAACAAGAGAAAGAAGUUGAAUUUUUAAUAGAUACAGGUGCCUCUUUCUCUGUUUUAAAUCAAGAGUUAAUGCCUGUAAGCAAGGAUUUUGUAAAUGUGAUAGGAGCCACUGGCCAGCAGAAAAAGGCGUUCUUUUCGGAACCCCUUAGAUAUAAAUUAGGAAAACAGAUCGGAAUACAUCGAUUUUUAUACUUGCCACAUUCCCCCAAAUCACUGUUAGGGCGAGACUUAUUAGAGCAAUUAGGAGCAGUGAUAGUUUUCAAUCAAGGAGCUAUGGAAUUAAAAGUGAAAGAAGAUCAGUUGAUUGAAAUUUUAAGCCUAGCCCUAAUACACUCUGAAAAGCCUACUGUGUCAUCACCCGAACUUGAAGAAAUCAUUAAUCAGGUAUGUCCAGAGGUUUGGGCUACAGGGACUCCAGGAAGGGCGAAAAACGCUACCCCCAUAGUAAUAGAACUUAAGGAGGGAGCAAGCCCAGUACGUCAAAAACAAUACCCCCUGAGAUUAGAAGAUCGCAGAGGAAUAGAAGGUCCAAUUAAGAACUUUUUACAACAUGGACUACUAGUGGAAUGUGAAUCAGAAUAUAACACCCCCAUACUGCCGGUGAGAAAACCAAAUGGAACUUAUCGGAUAGUACAGGACCUAAGAGAAAUAAACAAAAUUGUUAAAGAUUUACACCCUGUAGUUGCCAAUCCUUAUACCUUACUUACCAAAUUGAAAAACAGUCAGGUAUGGUUUACAGUAUUAGACCUAAAAGAUGCAUUCUUUUGUCUGCCUUUGGCUAAAGAAAGUCAGAAGUUGUUUGCUUUCGAAUGGGAAAGCCCUACUACUGGUAGGAAAACCCAGCUUACUUGGACAGUGUUACCCCAAGGUUUCAAAAACAGUCCAACACUUUUCGGAAAUCAAUUAGCACGUGAGCUCGAGGCAUGGAAGCCUCCUUCCAAAAAUGGAACCCUUUUACAAUACGUGGAUGACCUAUUAAUAGCAACUGAAACAAAACCUGAGUGUAUCCAAUGGACUGCGAGCUUGUUGAACUUUCUUGGACUAAAUGGAUAUCGAGUCUCUCAACAGAAAAUUCAAAUGGUACAACAGCAAGUGACCUACCUGGGAUAUGAAUUAUCUGGAGGACAACGGGAGUUGGGAACUGGACGAAAGGAAGCCAUCUGUAAAACCCCACUGCAGUACGGUUACCAGCUAGCGUCGCCAUCAUGCAUUGUCGAGGACAUCUGA